GGAGGCGGCGGCGAGCUAGCCAUGGCAGCAGCCCGCGGGCGGAGAGGCAGCCGCCGCGGGCUGCCGCUGUGAUUGGCACCGCGGGCAGCAGGAGGAGGAGGAGGAGGAGGAAGGCGCGGAGCAGCCGCGGGGCCCGCCAUCCCGCGGUGGCGGCGGUGGUGCCCGGGAGGAUGCCGGGGAAGCGGGGCUCGGCGAGCGGCGGUGGCGGUGAGCUCCCGGGGGCCGGCGCGGCGCGGCAGCGGAGGCGGCGGAGGAAGGUCUCCUGCUUCUCCAGCAUCCAGCUCUUCCUUGUGUCCGAGUGCGCCCUGAUGCUGGCCCAGGGCACGGUGGGAGCCUACCUGGUGAGUGUUUUAACCACCUUGGAGCGGCGAUUCAACCUUCAGAGUGCUGAUGUGGGCGUCAUUGCCAGCAGCUUCGAGAUUGGCAACUUGGCCCUCAUCCUCUUCGUGAGCUACUUCGGAGCCCGAGGACAUCGGCCACGCUUGAUAGGAUGUGGAGGGAUAGUCAUGGCCUUGGGUGCCCUCCUUUCUGCAUUGCCUGAAUUUCUGACCCACCAGUAUGAAUAUGAAUCAGGAGAAAUACGCUGGGGGGCUGAAGGGAGGGAUGUAUGUGCUGCCAAUGGGUCCACCAGUGAUGAGGGACCAGACCCGGACCUUAUCUGCAGGAAUAGGACUGCUACCAACAUGAUGUACUUGCUGCUCAUUGGAGCACAGGUCCUCCUGGGCAUUGGUGCUACCCCUGUCCAGCCCCUGGGAGUUUCCUACAUUGAUGACCACGUGAGGCGGAAAGAUUCCUCCCUGUACAUAGGGAUCCUGUUUACGAUGCUGGUAUUUGGACCAGCCUGUGGAUUUAUCUUGGGCUCCUUCUGUACCAAAAUCUACGUGGAUGCUGUCUUCAUUGACACAAGUAAGCUGGACAUAACCCCGGACGACCCUCGGUGGAUCGGAGCAUGGUGGGGAGGCUUCCUGCUGUGUGGUGCCUUACUCUUCUUCUCAUCCCUACCCAUGUUCGGGUUCCCGCAGUCCUUGCCCCCACGGCCAGAGCACGCUGGGGAGAGUGAGCAGGCCAUGCUUCCCGAGAGGGAAUACGAGAGACCCAAGCCAAGCAACGGGGUCCUGCGGCACCCGCUGGAUGGGGAGAGCAGCACAACCUGCUUCCAGCAGCUGCGAGUGAUCCCCAAAGUAACUAAGCACUUGCUCUCCAAUCCUGUCUUCACCUGUAUCAUUCUGGCAGCCUGCAUGGAGAUCGCGGUGGUGGCUGGCUUCGCCGCCUUCCUGGGAAAGUACCUGGAGCAGCAGUUCAACCUCACCACCUCAUCUGCCAACCAGCUCCUGGGGAUGACAGCAAUCCCAUGCGCCUGUCUGGGCAUAUUCCUGGGUGGCCUCUUGGUGAAGAAGCUCAGCCUGUCCGCUCUAGGAGCCAUCAGGAUGGCCAUGCUGGUGAACCUGGUGUCCACAGCUUGCUACGUGUCUUUCCUGUUCCUGGGAUGUGACACAGGACCUGUGGCGGGGGUUACUGUUCCCUAUGGAAACAACUCAACUCCAACCUCAUCUCUGGACCCGUAUUCCCCCUGCAAUAACAACUGUGAAUGCCAAACUGAUUCCUUCACUCCAGUGUGUGGGGCAGAUGGGGUCACAUACUUAUCUGCCUGCUUUGCUGGCUGCAGCAGCACGAACCUCAGUGGCUGUUCAUGCCUCACCUCGGUCCCUGCCGAAAACGCCACCGUCGUUCCUGGCAAAUGCCCCAGUCCCGGCUGCGAAGAGGCCUUCCUGACAUUCCUCUGUGUGAUGUGUGUGUGCAGCAUGAUCGGGGCCAUGGCGCAGACGCCGUCAGUCAUCAUACUCAUCAGAACUGUGAGCCCUGAACUCAAGUCUUACGCUUUGGGGGUGCUUUUCCUGCUUCUCCGUUUGCUAGGUUUUAUCCCACCUCCGCUCAUCUUUGGGGCUGGAAUUGACUCCACGUGUCUGUUUUGGAGCACGUUCUGUGGUGAGCAAGGAGCCUGCGCGCUGUACGACAACGUGGUCUAUAGAUACCUGUAUGUUAGUAUUGCUAUAGCCCUGAAGUCUUUUGCAUUCAUCUUAUAUACCACUACCUGGCAGUGCUUGAGGAAAAACUAUAAAAGAUACAUCAAGAACCACGAAGGUGGUCUCAGCACUAGUGAAUUCUUUGCCUCUACUCUCACCCUAGACAAUCUGGGGCGGGACUCGGUGCCCCAAAAACAAUCACAUAGGACAAAAUUUAUCUAUAACCUUGAAGAUCAUGAGUGGUGUGAAAAUAUGGAGUCUGUUUUAUAGUGACUGUGGAGGGGUGAACUAUAUUAAUAAUACAAGGGUCCUUUUUAAUAAAAACAAGAAGAGAGCACGAAUGAAGAAACACAACUGCAAAACGUCAACGGCAACCCAGGAAACUUUUGUCUUUUUCUCAAAGUCAGACCCAGCCAGGGUUCUUGAGAACAACAUCUUUUAAUGGGAUCACUUGUGACAUCCUGCGGGGUGAUGGAGAAAGCAGGGAGCUGCUGUGGCUGGAUACCAGCCCCUUUGAUGACAGUAUGAGCUUCCAAGAAGAGCAUCUACAGAGGUUCGCUGGAAAGCUCAGCAAACGGACAGGCUUGGGCAUGAGGCAUAAAGAAGGCAAGGUGAUAAUGGCAGUGCCAGAGUAGGUGUUGUGGGUGCAAGUGGGGUCCCAGGGUACACGGAGCCCCGCAGCAUGGGCUGGUCUGAGCGCUGGCAAGACCUGCUGCACUCUGUGAUGACAGAGGGAGCAGUGCUGGAGCCAUUCCACGAGUCACACUCUGUCAUCAGCCACAAGUCCACGAUAAAUACCUUGAAAGCUGCUGGAAUUCUUCCCGGUGGCGAGCAAUGCUGUCAGAGGUAUCUGAGUCCUUCCAGCCGAGUCUUAUUCACAGAUUGCAGCUUUGUGGUUGUCUGUGAAUAGCUCUGCUUACAUCUCUCAAACCCAGUAAAGUUCAAGACGUUUGCUCACACUUGCCAAACGUGCUGUCAUUUUUAAAGGGGGUGAAUUCCAAAUACUUGGCUGUGCAGUCCUCUAAUAAGAUGUUUUUAAAACAAAUUAUUUUCCAAUCUGUGUUAACCCUUAAAUCGCUGACACUUUUCCAUAGGGAGGAUUUAUUUAUGCUACUUUGGGGAAGGAUCCUGUUUUGAUUCACCCAAACAUAAUGUGACUCAAGGGGUUUGUUUAACCCUCCGCGUUUUUUAUCCAUACGCCUUCAUUCUAAUAUGCUACCAAGCCAAUGAAGACACAUAAUAUGUUUUUAAAAAGGAGAACGAAUGCACUGUGUCUCUAUAAAAACAAUUGUCAGUUGGAGAAUUAUAGAUAAUAUGAUGAUUUACAUAAUAUAGUUUUUUUUUUCAUAUUCUAUGUGACUCAGUGAAUACAUAUAUAUAUGUGGAGAGGCUGUUUAUGUUCUCUCCAGUUUUUAAAGAUAUAUAUAUAUAAUUUGCAAUCUAGAAAUCGUGUGGUGGAUGUUUUCUUUAAAGUAAGUGUGCGCGUGUGUGUGUGUGUAUACAAGAUGAAAGGAAUACUGACCUUAAUCCUGCAACCCUCACAAUUGAUUUUUUCACCUAAGAAAUUCCACUGACUUCAGUGGAAGCCACGUGAAGAAGGUGGAAUAAUCUCCCCUCCUGGAGGCCACAUUUUGCCAUUAGCUGUGCAGAUAGGGUUCCUAUGGAAGGCUGGGUUAUGGGAGCAGAGGCUGGCCAGCAUUGCGGACCUCUGAAAUUCUCAUUGAGAUUCUUAAGAGGCACCCAUGCAGGAGAAGAUUUGGCUUUGCUUUUGCAAUGCAGUCUCACGUAAGCCUGCAAAAAUCACGGGGCAGCUUUGAUCUGAUCUCAAGAAGCAUGUGGUCAGGCUUAUUUUGCAUGCGUAUUUUUCUUUUCCAAAACAUUCCUGCUGGGAAGCAAUACAAAUUCAUUGUGUUUGAUGAGUUUUCCCCAGGAACCGGACUCAUUUCCAACGGACUAAAUGUCAGAAGGGUUUUAAGGGUUAGCAUCAUCAUCAAAAAGCUCCUUAUUUUUGUUUGUACUUUGAAGCUGUUGUGAACUUGCAGAUGUUUGGAGUAACCUGGCAUGGUGAACCGAAUGCUGGGCACCACUUCCAUGCAUCUGGCAGAGGGGCUGAUCUUCCCCAAGUCCUUGUCCGUUGCUGCCAGUGGACACUCCAGAGCUAGCACAAUUACAGAGGGUUUAUAACUUUCCACUCAUGUUCAACACCUCUUUAGGAGACUUUGCUCUUAUCUAGGCAUUGAAACAUGAGUGUGGGCUAUCAAACUGCUUCCACUUGACUGACUUUACAUGUGCGUUUGUAAUUUACGCACAGCAUUGUAUGUUCAGCAACAAGAAGAGCAAAAAAAAAAAGGGUGUAUCAAAUAAGCUCCACUGUGCCAAAUACUCGACAAAUACUGUAACUGCAGAUAUUUGAGUCUUGGUUUUCAGCCAUGUUAAGAAUCACUUGAUUAAUGAAGACGUUUAAGUAAAGUUAUUAAGCUAUGCAGUGCCAUUGUUAUGUUGGGUGGUAAAUGAUGCUUUUUAGACCAUUAGAUUGGUUUAGUAUAUCCUGUCUGCUAAAAUAGAGAUACUUCAUCCAUAAAACAAUGAAUUUACAAAAGGCACAGGGUGCAUAACUGUCUCAUAAAAUAUAUAUAAUUGUCAAGUAUAAGCCUUUGAAAUCAUUCUGUACAGUUCUCUUCAUUCUGGAAAUUUAUUACUCAGACUGCUGUCUUUCCAAAUGUUAGCUCAUAAUUUUAUACUAAACACACACAUUCAGACUCAAACACAAAUGUCAUAGAAUAGAACCUUUGUAAAAGCCUGAUUGCUUGAAAUUCUAUAACCCCUUUCACAGUUUCAUUUUUUUUCCCUCUGAAAGUCCAAGGUGAAGGAGAAUAACAUGCUGACACGAUGCAAAACAAACUCCCAGUGCUCAAGAGCUGUGAUUUGUCAGUGCAGUCAAAAGUCCCCCUUGACUGGAGUUAUAGAAAUAGGAUUCCAGGGCACAUAAUGUUUUCAUUUUUAUUUAUGUUUAUUUUUUUUCAUUUAAUCUUUUCUCUUAGCACACAUGGGAGAUGCAGUUGAAUGGGGUUACUUUUAUUAUUUUUAAGCUGCAACUUAGAAUUCCUACAUGAUUGUUGUUUUAUUUCUUUUGAUAAUGCAACUCUUGAAAAGCUCUCUCCCCAUCCUACUCUUUGUUUUUUUUCUUAAGGAUAUAUCAGAUGCCUGCAUCACGAAGGGCUUUACUCUCAGUGCUUUGCUACAGAUUCAAGAACACAGCUUUAGUUUAAAGAAAACACACAGACCAAAACCUUCAUCCAUCCAUCCCAGCAGGCUCUUUGGUUUUUCCUGAUUUCAAACCCACAAGCCAUUGUCUGUGACCCAGUUUUUGUUACAGAAUAACAAAUGCAGAUCCUCAGACCCAAUUUUUGUUACAGAAUAAAAAAUGUAGAGUCUCAGACAUCCUCCAGCUUCCCAAAUUGCAGGAUGGGCCUUUGCCUGUCAGCACUUCGCUUCCAUCCCGCAACUGCCUUAACCUUAACUUAAGGGCAAGGAUGGAGUUAGAAAAAUGCCCAUUCCUGGGAACAGAAAGAGGGGCAUGGUCUGAGCUGUGCAGUCCACAUCCAGUGUUGGAAUUUUUUUCUCCAUAUUCAGGGGCAUUGAAAUUCAGGGUUUUGUUGAGACCUCAGUCUCUGCUGAAAUGUUAUUUUGACAUUUCCAAGCACUGUGUUCCCUGCAUGGCUGUCUGCUGAGGAAUGGCAUGGUUGAAAAAAUAAACUACUUGACAUUUAGCAGUCUCUAUGGGAUUGUCCAGUUGCCUUGCAUGACGUCAGGUUGGGGUUUUCUUUGCCUUGCACAAAUACCACCUUGGCGUAGCCCCAGUGGAAUCAAAAGGGGACCCCAAUCUAAAAUUGGUGCAGACAUUAGAAUUGGUUUCUCUGCAUCCUUGUUAACAAGGGGAUGCGUUUUCAGAAACUUCUUUUUACACAUACUGAAAUCAUACCUUUUUCUGACUUUGCCCAGCACAUCUUGGAUGUAUAGUGGGACAAAAAAGGCCGUUGCUUGAAUUGUCCAGACAAACCUUCCAUUCCUUGAGAAUUCAUCUAAUAAGGGCCUCACACUGCCAUACCGCCGCGUGAGGCACUGAACUACUUGGUGCUGCUACUGUUAAUCUCAGUUGGGUCUCAACUUGCUAGAACAGUGAAAAGGGAAAAAUACAGAGAGGAAUUAGCUUCAAUUAGCUGAGUUAGUUAUGCUUCAGAAUGCUUCAGAAUUGAACUGAGGGUCAGCAGACAUUUGGAAAGUGAUUGGAGUAUUUCCAAAUGGCUGGAAUGCGUUGGCAUUUUUUUUCUUGGAAAUAAAAAUUAAGGGAAUUGAUGAGAUUUGGACUCCCUCCUAUCCCCAUCAGAGUUUUAUGUUCAUCACGUUGCUGUUGGAGGCAAUGUACUUCAGGUUUACUUUUGUGUCUCAGUCAGGCACAUAUUUUUGCAGUAAAUGAGGUCCUGAGAGACAGAAAAGCAAUUCCAUCUCAUAACCAGCAGUUUCACUCCACAGCAAACCCAAGACAACCUGGAGGCUACCAGCACUAUGAAGCUUUAGCCCCCAAGUCUGCCACGGCUGUUGCUGCCACAUGAGAGCUUGUCACAGCUGGGUGUGUUGGGAUCAGUAUUUUCUUAGACUUGAACAAUCUUGGUGUGAUGUUUGUUUUAUUCUUGGCAGGCGACGUGAGGAAUUGUCAGUACUAAAGACAUAUGCAAAUGCUUCACUGGACUGAUGUGGUAGCAGCUUUGUUCCUUCAUUCACAAGGGUUUCCAGACUUAUUCUCACUGCCAUGCUCAUCUAUCUCCGUAAUUUCACAUGAGCUGCCUUUGCAGACAGAAGCAGAUCUGAUUAAUGCCUGCAAAGUUCACAGGCUUUCUGUGCACAAGGCAGAGCACCUCCGAAUGUAAGCAAUAACACUGACCUGUUCCCAUUUGCAUUAGGAAUUUUUGCUUUUCUUACCUAAAUCUGAGUUCACCUGCUCCCAUGCUGCUGCUGUGACUUGCCUUUUUUUGUUGGCAGAAAUUCCAGGAGAUAAGCAGCCAAGAUAUAGAAUUGGUGUGAGCACAGGCAGCAGUUCAUUAAGAUGGGCAAUCUUGUAAUGGGAGCCUUUGGUAUGAGCCAGGCUCAGCUUCUGUUAUCUGAUGGUUGAAGUUGGUCCAAGGAGGAAAGAUAAAACCAGGGCAUUGCAGCUGAGACCCUGAAAGGAUUAGCCACCCUUCCACGCUCCUGGAGAGACCUACCUGCCAUACAUCCCUGAGACCCAUAGUUUGUGGGCAUUUCUUCCACACUGACCAACAGCUUCCUUUCUUCAGCCACAGUUCUUCCUUCCUCCCAAUGGCAAAGCACAGCUUGGCUCUACCAAGUCAACCCAAGGUGUUCAGAGUUACUGAGUGGCAUUUAAAUUUGCUGCCUAAGGGGUGCCAGCAGGUCUCCCUUAGCAUUACAUAUGCUCAAAAUAUUAUAGUUUGUUCUGCUUUUAUACACUGAGUCUAUUACUUCUAGGCUGCAAAUGGUGCUUUCUAUCAUUCCAUUGACAUUUCUAGCCAAUCUGAGUCUUAAUACAAUUGCUUCGCUGAAAAAUGGCCUUUCAGCAGUUCUUAGACAUUAGGUACUUCUUUAUUAACUAGUGAUGUCAAGUGAAAUCUUUGGCCAUUGUGGGCUCCCUGAAUCCAGUGGAGCAGAAGGAGACUCCGUCUACUCAGAAGCAAUACUGGUGUUUUCUUUGGCAGAACAUGAACAUGGACUGCUUUUCUGUCAGCUUCUGUCUUGCCACAGCUGCUUGGCUAUGAGCAUCCCUCAACCCCAAAAGGGCACAGGGAAUUCAGAAGAAGCCACAUGGACUACAAGAAUGGGACUGUAGGAUGCAUGUCAUGCAUGUGCCGUUUCGCUUGUCAGAACCUUGCUUUAGUCGCUCUUUGUUUGAUGAAUGUCAUGACUCCAGGGAUGGGGUCUUCAGGAUACUAGGAAUUUGUGUUAUAUCCCCCACUUCAUUCAGGUUAAGUGCAGCAGAGCCGACUGUCACACCCUGGGAAGGAAAAGAUUAGCCAUACCCUGACAGUUUGUAGUGCUGGGCUUGUUCUGCAUGAAGUUGGUGUCCGCAGAUGGCAGAAAGCAAUAAGAAACUUGUCAAGUCCAACUCAGCAAAUAAUUUACAGCAACUUCAUAAGUGAAUUUUCCCUCUUGUUUCUUCCUUGUGAAUGGCUGAGAAAACCAAGGAAAUGCCUCCAGUGUAUUUGCAAGGUCAUUCCUGCACACCAUCUGUGGUCUGGAGGAGUUUGGAAAAGCUUCCUUAUAAUUCACACGCAUUGGUUUGUUCUGGACAUAGAUAUCAUGGGGGAUGUUUCUGCUCCCUGAGUUCCUUAGGCUGGAAUUUUCUCAUCUGUGCAAAUAUUUAGUUCAAAACCGUGCGAUUAGGAAAUGAGUAAGAGGAUCCUUGCUCAAUGCCAGUGGGCAGAGCACCACUGGACAUACAGUGCUCCAGGACAGCCAAAGCGCUGGCUUCCAACUCGCAAUCCACUUUCCAGGAAUAUUCUCUCACAGAUGCUUGAAAUUCUCUGCCUCUCCCAAUGCUCGCACCAGUUAAUGCAUUCAUUUGAGUAAUUACUGAGAGCAAACACGAGAAGGGGAUGAACCCAGACAAAACCAAAUUGGUACUAAGGUGAAGCAGGUGGUGCGAAUUUUAUUUGCGGUGUUCGCACAUCUCUUAGAUUGGAAGCAGAAACCUCUCGGGAAUCAGAGUUGCAUAUGGCCUAACAGAUCUUCGUUCUUCCCAUUGAAUUACCAGUUAAUAGGACAGCAGGAGGUGUCUUCCCUGCCACGUAUCUUAGCCCUUCAAAACCCUUUCCUUUUGCAGUCUGGCAUCACACAGAUGUGCAUUUGCCCCUUGGUAUAAACUGCAUCCCAGUGCGAUGUUUUUGGUGCCUCACAACUCUAACUGUGUGAACUUGAAAGGAAGAAGUGACCCCCGUUCUUCACCUGCAGUGCUUUCUGCCUGAUGGGAGGAGGAGGAUUCCUCUUGAAGACUCGCAGCCAUUUUCCUAAGGUCUUACACACAGUGGGACCAAACCUGUGCUCUGUUGAUUUCAGGUGGCCUAUAAGCUGUGCUCGGAGGUCUGUAGCUUGUCUACAGCCCCACGUUGCCUUCAGCGUGUUUUCAGUGCAAAGCAUGGUGACGAGGUUACACAUAGCUGUCCCUGACAAAUGCUAAGGGUUGCCAGUGGUCUAUGACCACCAAUGUUUGGGAAUCUCCAUGCUAGCAUAUGAAAGCAGCUCCCAUCAUCUGCUUUUGGGAAGGAGCCAUCUCAGAGCAGGGUUCAAUGGAAAACAGCAGCGCUGGGAGCUCUCAGUUCACUUCGGUACCACGUAUGUAGAGAGGAGGGGUGGGAAUGGGAGCAGGGGAAGAGCUGUGACUUUUUAAAACCCAUAGUGCCUACCACUGCAAAUGGAACGCUGUAUUGUAUUAUAUUAUACGUGACUACCAUGUAAAUAAAGUACAAUAAAUGUGUUCAUUAGGAUUUUGAUACAAGUCUAA